CUUUGCCAGAUGCAACUUCCUUCCCAGACUGACCUGACCUGGAUACCCACCAUGCACAACAGCACGGCCGAAGCUCUGCACGCGGCUGCAACGCGUAACGAGACGUGGCCCAGCCAGUCGCCGAGCUCCGAGUUCUCACUGGGCGUGCUGGUGCUGCUGGCUUUCCUCAUGGUGUUGCUGUCGCUGGUGACCAUCCUUGGGAACAUCCUGGUGAUCCUUGCUUUCAUUAGGGACAGAAACCUCAGGCAUCGGAGUAACUAUUUCUUUCUGAAUCUUGCUGUUUCUGACUUUGCAGUGGGUGUGUUCUGCAUGCCCCUCUACAUCCCUUACAGCCUGACAGGGAAAUGGCACUUGGGAAGAGGCAUCUGCAAGCUCUGGCUGGUUAUGGACCAUCUCCACUGCGCAGCGUCAGUGUUUAACAUUGUUCUUAUCAGCUACGACCGUUUCCUGUCAGUUACUAAAGCUGUAUCCUACAGAGCCCAGCAGGGAAUAACAUCCAGCCCUGCCAUCAAGAUGGUGGCCAUCUGGGUCUUUGCCUUCCUGCUCUACUGCCCAGCCAUCCUGCUUUGGGAGCACGUGGCCGGACACAGCGUGGCAGCGGCGGAUCAGUGCUACGCCGAGUUCUUUGACAACUGGUACUUCCUGCUGUGUGCAUCCACCCUGGAGUUCUUUGUGCCGCUGCUCUUGGUGACCUACUUCAACAUGCACAUCUUCCACAACAUCCAGAGGCGCCAGCGGCGUGGCAGCGUGCAGGACUGUGAGCCUCCAAGGAGGAGCAGCUUAUCCUGGAGGUUUUGUGGCUUGCCGAGGCCAGGGGCUUCAUCUUCAUCAGAAGCAGAGGACAGUGUUUCUUCCUCCAUGAGACCAAAGAAAGAGUCUUUGGUAACUGACUGCUCAUCUCCAUCCAGAGACUAUUCUAUAACCCCAGAAAAUGACUGUCCUGUUUCCUUCUGUGCAAAGACCAGAUCAAAACUGCAGCAGGACAAGAAGAGAAUGAAGACCCUUGCCAUAAUUGUAUGUGUGUUUGCCAUUUGCUGGGCCCCAUACUCUUUAUUAAUGAUUAUCCGUGGGGCCUGCCAAGGAAAGUGCAUCCAUAGCUCCCUGUAUGAAGCAACUUUUUGGCUUUUGUGGAUCAAUUCCUCUUUGAACCCAUUUCUUUAUCCUCUCUGUCAUGUUAAAUUUCGAAUGGCUUUUCUGAAAAUACUAUGUCCCAAAAAGUUUGCAACAUUGAGAUCAGGUUCUUUUUAG